GAACGUAAGUGUAUGGUUUUACUGGCAACUAAAUCGAAGGCAAAAUCUCAGAGCUGAUUGGAAGACGGUUUUAAAAGUUAAUUGGAUUUCACCUGAAGAACCUUCGAUCAAACCGAAUAAACAUACGAUUGAUUUAACUACCGAAAAUUCUCACUUCUCGAAACACGCUAGAGUAGAAGAUGUAGAAGAUGAUGAUGAUCUUUAUGAACAAGAUGCCGAAUGUAGUAAAAAAUAUACAAACGUGGGUAAUAAAUAUGAUAGUGAUGUUGAAAUCGUUAACGAAAGCAACUAUGUUGUGUGUGAUAAUGGAAAG